AUGAAGUUCUCAACCACUAUCUUUGGUGCAGCAAUGCUCACAGCCUCUGCCAUUGCAGCUCCCCUGACUGCUCAACGUCAGGCACGCCGUGGCACUCGCAACGUCUCCCGCGCCAGCCACCCUCCUUACAAGCCAGGCACAUCCGAGGUUCUUCAUCUGAAUGAAACAUCCCAUGAGGAGUAUAGCUCCAACUGGGCUGGUGCUGUCCUCAUCGGAACUGGCUACACCGCGGUCACUGCGGAGUUCACGGUUCCCACUCCCAAGCUCCCCAGUGGUGCUUCAUCCAGCAAGCAGUACUGCGCCUCUGCGUGGGUUGGAAUAGACGGUGAUACUUGUAGCACCGCCAUUCUUCAGACGGGUAUCGACUUCUGCAUCCAAGGAAGCAGCGUCUCUUACGACGCCUGGUACGAGUGGUACCCCGACUAUGCUUACGACUUCUCUGGAAUUUCUAUCGCCGCUGGAAAUGUGAUCAAGGUCACUGUUGAUGCUACUUCCAAGACUGCUGGUACUGCCACCGUCGAGAAUGUGUCAACCGGCAAGUCUGUCACCCACACCUUCACCGGCGGCGUUGAUGGUGAUCUCUGCGAGUACAAUGCCGAAUGGAUUGUCGAGGACUUCGAAAGCAACAGCGCGUUGGUUCCCUUCGCCAACUUUGGAACUGUGACCUUUUCCAGUGCAGAGGCUACGACCGGCGGUACGACCGUCGGACCUUCUGGUGCUACUAUCCUGGAUAUCAAGCAGAGCAACAGCGUCUUGACUUCCUCUUCUGUCAGUAGCAAAAGUGUCACUGUUAAGUACGUCUAA